CGUAACACCUUAUCACAGCACUGCCUCUGAGCGAGGCACAUGGCAAACAACCAGCAACCCACAGACAUGCAGCUUUGUGCCUGACUCCAGUGCUUCAGCUCUUAGGCUCCACCAGCAACAAGUAACUAGUCCCUGGGCUCCUGCAGGAAAAAUGCUGUUCAACUCCUGCCCACUCUGGAAAACACUGGUUUUUAUAAGUUUAGCAGUGCUUCUUGCAGAUUUUACUGAAACUGGAGCUUUUGCCAGUCCAAGUGAAUGUAAAAGUGCAACCAUAGAUGAUGUGAAUGAAAGUCUUGAGAAAUAUUCAAAAUGCUUUCAUGACAUGAUUGGGAAGAGUGAAAAAGCUUCAAUCAAUUUGCUUGUCUGGAAACUGCAAGGAACGCUUGAUCUCCUGCGCCCUGUUCAAGAGAAAUUUUGCAAGCAGCUACCUCCAUGCCCACUCCCACGAGCCCCUAGAAAUGGCGGGCUGGUGUGUGUCACCAUUGGCGACACUCAGUACUGCAAACCCAUGUGCAAUGAGGGCUAUGACUUUCAAUUCCUCAGAAGAAGUAGACUGUAUGAAGUAUGUGGCAACACCACAGGGUUUUCCUGGACAACGCAGCUUGUUGGGGGAAAGGCACUUGCUGUUUGUAACCCCUCUGAGAUGGCCAUCAGUGGAGCUAAAUCUGCCUAUUUCCCCACCAACAGCACCUGUCUGCACACAUUAGCCUUCACUGAAACUCAGACAGAGCAGCUAAACAUCUUCCUCAAAGAGCUUGGUGAGCAAGGCAUCGACGGCUCCAACCGUGACAAGGAAGCUGAUUGUAUCCUCUGUGGUUACUAGCACCAAAAAGCUUGUGCCACAGACCAACCAGCCGUCUGCAGUUUGACAUGGCUAUUUUGACAAGAGAAGCAGAGCAGUGAAAUCAUUGCUAAGACAUGUACACAUACAGCUUUUAUUUAGUUAAUGGACUAGAGAUCAUAGUCAUAAUUUUACUUCAGCUCUUGGGUACAAAUAUAUAGGCUAAACGUAAUCACAUAGCUCAUGGCAGAGGUGUUUCAAAGAAAGAUCACUUUUAUGGCUUAAAUUUGUCUAGCUGGAAUUAAAUAAGAAUUAGAGUUGCUUAAUGGAUGCAGUCAAUAGUUAAACACAGUAAUUGUUAUUAGAAAUCAUCUUCUGUCAGGUGUCAUCUUUACUGAGAACGGGCCAUACUUUGCUUUUACAGUUGCAAAUUGAUCACUGUUGUUGCUCUGAUGACCAUUAAAGCAAUGCAAGUCACAACAGUUA